AUGUCCUUUGAGGAGCGGACCGACGCAGCCGUCGAAAUUACCAGCGCGGACUAUGGCGCCAAGGUAGUGCUGGUGGAACCCAAGCAGAACCUUGUGGACUCCUUGCAGGCCCUUGGCCGUAAAGUACUGGACCAUGAAUUCCUGAGCAUGGGAUGGGCCAGAUGGCAGCGUCAGUUUCCCCGGCUCCUCAUUGCCCUCGACUCCGAUAUUAAUGUCGACCACUUCAUUGAACAGGCGUCUGACGGGGAUAGCCGUGGUGCUCCCUGCGCCUGGGACGGCCUCGAGCAUUUUGGUUACUGGCAGACGUCUAAGGAACCCGGCAAGCACCCUGGCGUCCUUGCCAGAAUUUUCAGAAUUACAGUCAACGAGCCCUGGCAAUUGGUAUUCCAUGACCCGACGACCGCGCCCUUCGUCGAGGAUUCUUCAGGAAGUACACUACUUGGUUUGGCCGUGUUCAGCCGGGGGACCUUAAGUGGCCGCUAA